AUGUUGGGGGGUGUUACGACCCCACCAACAGCCGCUUCGAUCACCACCAGCGAUCCUUCACGCAAACUUUUGACUUCUCUAAAUAUCAACCCCACACUCGAUCCCAACCCCACACUCGAUCCCAACACACCGGGGAUCGAUCCCAGGAGUGUGGGGAUCGAUCCCAACAACCCCACACGGGAGUGUGGGGAUCGAUCCCAACAACCCCACACGGGUGAGAGUAUUAAGAAGAGACCCCACACGGGGAUCGAGGACCCUGAGACACUGCGCGAGCUGAUGAUUGGGGUGUAUAUACACCUGAUAGAGAGUGUAGAUGCGGGAGACAACGGCGUUUCUGUUUGUUUGUCUCCUCCUCUUUAUAUAGAUAAAACAAACCUAGCUUGUAGGGUUAGGGAUCUAUACCCCAAAGAAGAGACAGAAGAAGAUAUACUAGGGCCUGUGUCGCUGUGGGAAUACACAGCUGCCUAUACACUCCAUCUGCUGCAGCAGCAGCAGCAGCAGCAGCAGCAGCAGCAGCAGCAGCAGCAGCAGCAGGAGGGGGAUGGAGAGGAUGAAAGUAAAGAAGAAGAAAACAAAAAAAAAAAAGAAAACGAAAACAACAAAGAUAUACUACAGAGACUCAUAUCAUCAUCACCAGGUGUAUAUGCAGCAGCAGCAGCAGCAGCAGCAGCAGGCCUCACUCCCCCAUAUAAUUAUUUAUCUAUUCCUAUAUUGGGGGGCAGCGCGGAGUCUCUAUGGGCGUUUAGAAAAGCUAUAAAGAUAGCUGAUGAGGCCUUUGCUGCUGCAGUGGUCUACCUGCGUGACCACUGGUCACCCGCCAGAAACCUUAUAAAAAAAUCUAUACUGCAGGCGAUGACGACUCCUCUCUAUUCUCUUCACACCCUAGAACUAGAUAAGUGGGCCCCUGUAGAGGAGCACAUAUACGAGUUAGAAGCGGAGUUGGGUAGCGUGUGUUUUUAUUUUUCUUUGUAUCCUAGCGAGAGAAAAGAAGAAAAUAAAAAAAACACAGCAUGGAGCGUCAGGUGUAUACCGAAAGAGGGAGAAGUGUUUAAGUCUAGGCUGCCGCUGCUGGAGCCCUGGCGGGGCCUCAGAGACCAGCAGCUAGGCAACGCGGUGCUGCUCUCCCGCAGCAGCAGCAGCAGCAGCAGCAGCAGCAGCGGGAGCAGCAGCGGCGGCGGCGGCGGCGAGGGAGCAGCAGCAGCAGCAGCAGCAGCAGCAGCAGCAGCAGCAGCAGAAGAGGAUAUUAAAGCAGAGGAUUUUAUAUUCUGUCACGCCACUGGGUUUCUUGCUAUGGCCAAAACAAAAACAGACGGUUGA